AUGACGCUGGCCGAGCAGAUUCAUGAUAGUCAAGAAAGCAGUGCGAACACCAUUGCACCUCAUGCGGAAUUACCUUCACUAAAAUCGGCGCACAAUGAAACAAACGAUAACAAAAGCAAUGAUCUGGAUUUUUUUCCCUGCAGUUCUACAACUACAACUACCGACGAAGAUGAAGCGUGGUGCCAGCGGGUAGAGUUUACCCUCGGCGGCGUCACAUUCUUCGGGCGGUUUUUCUUCUUUAUCUUCUCCUUGGUAUACGACCUCUUUGUGACGAUCGGCGGGACCACCCACAUGAAGGAACUUACUCAGGAAUCUGAGACGCUGCACGAGCAGGAACAAAAGAUGAGGAAGGCGCUCGAGGUCCAGAGCGAACAGAUCUGGGACCCUUAUCUCGAAAACACCAAUCUGCAGAAGCGCCUAGGCUACGUGGAGAGCCGUCGAUGGAGAUGGCGAAAAAUGAUGGAAUUUUUACCAAAAAUCCCUACUCGAGAUGCAGAAGCGGAAUGGGAGAAAAAACUUUUGGAAAUGAAAGCACAUUUUUGGGCUCGUGGAAUACAGUGCUUUUUGGCAGUAAUGAUUCGAAUGACCUCGAUUCUCAGCCUCAUAAGAAACUGUCUGCGUAUUGUUCUGGCGCAGAUCGAGCACAGCCUCUUCGUGUUCCACUAUCAUCUAGACGCAAACAGUAGCUGCUCUGCUUUUGAUACUGCUCGGUGGAAGGUUGAAAAGUUAAUACGAGCGUCGCAGUUACGGUUUUGGAGGAAACGAGGAGUGAAGCGUAGCAGGAUACCAGUUCGCUUUUUCGCAUUGCUCGUGGCGCCCGUGCUCUGUGUGGUGAACUCGUCGCUAUUCCAAAAAUCGGCAACAUUGCACUGCUGUCUUCUCACUCCGUUAUUGUCUGCUAUGCAUUACACUGAGCGAAUUCACAGGUACUGUUCAGGUGACUGGGCUGGUAUUCGGCGCGACGAUUACGCUGACUGGGUCCGUGUGGAGCUUGGAAAACCUUACGAGACGAACAGACAGCGCAGCAGUUUUGUUAUUGCGUGGAGUGAAGAUCCGCACUGCAGCAUCACAGGACUUCGUUCCAGCUUUAUCAACUCCGCCAGUAUUGCCCGAAUUCACAAGAGAAGCGGCGCGCACGCGCAUCUGCUAAAGAUGAUUGCUGCUUUAGCCCCAGGAGGACUGGUUUACGCGAUGUUGGGGUAUGCUACUGUUGGCGCGGAUAUGGUGGACUACUUUUUUGGAGGACACCAGCAAAGAGGAAAAAGCCACUGUCAACGCAAUGCAUGGGUCUGGAUAAACCACUGGGAGACGGAAAGACGCCUUUACUGGGUGAUGCGCCAACCGUUAUGCUUUCGGCCAAAGUACCAGACACGGGGCGAAUUGCUCACCUUGUUUCAGGCAUCUGGCUGCUUCUAUCGAUUGGUGCAAGCUGGACGAUGGUCAGAAAGCAUGGAGCGAGGGACCGCAAACGCCGAAAGGGAGGACGAGGAGGUUGCGGUAGUAUCUUCAUGUCAAGCUGCUUAUAGUGGCGGAAACCCGUUCAAGCGCACUUCGUCAUCCUCGGCGGUGAAAAUCACAUUGAAGUUGUAGUAAGAUCAUCGAUAUACUUUGACUUUCACCUCGCAACAUACCAUCACGACAGUAGCUAUUACGAGAACCUCCGAUGAAAAUAAAGCGGGGAAUGAAACAUACACAACUGAUUUUCCUACCGGGCGUGUUCUAUGGCGGAGGCUGACACGACGCAAUACUUGUGUUGCACUACACCGUGCUCCUGAAGAUCGCGAUUUCACAAGGGCGCGCCGCAUGCUCUUGAUCGAUGGUUUUCUGUAGCGACACUAAGUACUUACGUCGGCACCGCAGAAGCAACCUCGUUGAGGGAUAGGGAGAGGAAGGCGUGCUCGAAAUAUUUAGCAGACGGAAAAUAUUUAUAACUUCGUGUUGUGCCAGGGGCUGCAGCCCAGAAAUAUCUCUAUUUAGGAUAUUUACGUCAGGCGGUCUUUGUGGCUGGUCUUCCAAGCCGCAGUGGCAGUACGCGGCAAUGUCGGCGGCCGAAGACCAGAGCCAGCACGACCCCGAAGGUAAAGCCUCGCUGCGGCGCGUCUCACGUAGCAUUGCUCGAGAUGUAGAAAAGAGCGCUGCGGCUGCUCCGAGUACGGCUAAAAUUUUAUACAGCGUGACGGUAUUCGUACCGGUCUCCAUCGCCCUCUCGCUGGGUCCCGUCCUCCCCCCCUUUGGCGACCCAUACGAUGUGACUUUUCACGGAUACCUGCGGAACGCCGGGUACUUCUGCGGGUACAACGUGAUUGGCUGGUCCUUCCUGUGGGCCGUGCAUGUGGGAUGGUAUCUGCAGUUCGUCAGCGUCUUGGAGCAGAUGGCGGCACUGCAGCGCGGGGUUUUGUGGACCCGCGAUCGGAGCGACAACUACGCGGUGAUGAAUGGCAAUGCGCCCGGCAGCGCCGAUUCGCUCCUACCACUGACGCUCGCGCGCAUUCUGGGCCGUCUUAGUGUGCGGAGGUCGGUCUGGGUACCGACGGUCUUCGCAGUGCUGCUGUUCCUGUGCGCGUACAUUUUUGCCGGCGGUCCGUUCCCGCUCGGCACGCUGAGUUUGGGCCUCCCUUGUUUUCUGCUGAGUUGGUGGAGCCUGUGGCACUUUGAGGGUCUGGCUGUACAUGCUGCGUCAGCGCACCCCUGCACACGCGCAGAGCGCAGCGUCAUUCAGCGUAGAACGGCGAAAAUCCUGGUGCUGUUUUUUGCGUUGACUUUGGCAAACUUGGUCACUUACUUUUCCGUGCAGUGCCUUAUGAUGCUCUUUCCAGUGUUGGACGACUUCAUGGCCGUCGUUCUGGCUCUGGCGCAAGAUUUCAUACUUUUUGCCGACCCCUACGCGCUGUUGAGCCGCGUCUGCGACCGCACGGAGAAAAGGGGCGACUCCGAAAGAAAGACUCCCAGAAGUGAUGUUGACCAAAGCGGAGGCGACCUGGCCGUGAAGCAAAAGUGCAAAGUACUCGAUAGCGAUGGCGCAGCGCCCUGUGUUGCAGUUCAGCCCGCGCGGAUAUCGCUUUUCAGCUCGGCGACCGAGAAAGACACCGCCGAGCUUGAUGGUGAAACGAUGUCCUCCGCCGGUGCUGUCAAUUACAGCACGCCACCUAGCUCAAUUGCGGGGAGAUCAAGCAGUGCGGAGAUGCGUAAUGAAAGUCUUUGCCUGUUUCCGGCAAGAACAUGCCGAACUGGUGGGGCAGAACAAGAACUCGAGGGAAACACGCGGAGGACCUCUUUGCGCAGAAACUCCACGAGCUAGAAACAUUGUGCGUGCUUUUCAAGGUUUUCUUCUACCAAGGACUCCAUGAAACCUACAAUUGUUUCCUUUUACCGGUCGUUGCGCGCGGCGUGCAGCCCGUCGUUGUCAGUGCCUUCAUCAGUGUCUUGAUGGGGCGUGCGACCAAGCGGAACACGUUCAUCCAGCUGGACCAUGACCUAGAACUGCUGUACCAACUGAGUGCUAGGUUGGGAAGCCGAAGCGACGAGAAAAUAUUGCGAAAAUGCAUCGACCUGAAGGCGGUCGCAUUGGCGUCCCGGAUCUUUGAACAGCUCGCACGGCACUACGUGGCACUGAUUGUUCCAGUGACCUUUUUUGUGUUGCUCUGCUUCAAUCACUACUCCUGGAACCGCGGCAUGUUUCAUGUGUUGUCGGACUUCGAUGAUCGAGAGCUGCGCGUAGUGUGGCGGAACAUCUGGAUCCAGUUUCUGGGUCAGAUCGUGACGUGCGGCUCCUUUUGUCUCGCGCUGCGGCGGUGGAUUCUUCGGGCCAGCCUGUCGGAACAGGUCGGGCAAGAACGUGCGGGGACCACGACCACCGAGACCCUGGUGGUACAUGCCGCAGUGGCUAAACUGCGCCAGAAUAUCGCAGCAGCGUGUUACGAUCAGAAACGAGGCAGCGGCGUGUUUUUUGUCGUCUUGUUUACGCAAGCAGCCCUCACUACCGUCGUAGGGGUGUGCAUGCUCAUGAAACACGAUGGAAUGGACGCGAAAGGCGUAGUGCAGUGGAUGUUUGACGGGAAGAGCGCGUUCCCGUGGAAGCUGGACCCCUGGUGGAGCUAACGGGCAUCAAUUAGGUAGCUCUCAUUUAAAAUUGAAUAGAGGUAACUCUCAUUUAAAAGUGGUUUUUCAAAAAGUGUUGGCAUCAAGUCCACAAAUGCUGAUCCGGAAAUCUUGAGUUCGAAUCUCAGUCGCAAGCUCGGUAUCUUCACGUCUUCGCUUUCGUCUUGUGUCAAUACAGAGCUAUUUCAUGAAAAGAUGUACGAAAAAUCUAGUGCAAGUGCAUUGACACUUUCUAUUUUUGCUCUUAAUUUGCCAUGCGUCCGAAGUGUCAGUCCAGACCCAUUUUUUGGUCUUUUCCUUCUAUUUUUGCAUGACACUAUGGAGUAUUGGCGCUUUAGCAUCAGAGAUUUGUAUUUUUUGUAUUCAGUCUCUCAAAUGCGCCUCCAAAUAUGUCAGUCAGGGCCACCAUCUAUGAUGGUCCACCUUAUGUUUUUGCAUGACAAAUUGGAAAUCGACUAUGGACGGCUUCGCAGCUACGUCGUGAUCGACAAACUGAGAUCGGCGAUAAUAGUUGUGUUGCUGGUCCUGUGCCAGUCGCGGGGCAUGUUAGGGUGUUCCGGGCCGUGCAUUGUGCACCCCUCGGACCCCGCACCCCCCCGGGCUUUAGUCGCGCAGUCUGUUAAGCAUGACAAAUUGGAAAUCAUGGCGCUUCAGCAUCAGAAAUUUGUAAUUUGAGUUUAUGGUGAUUGCCAAGUCGUAAACACCGCCUCUUCAACAUAGUAAAUGUUGGUCAUGGAAAUCGAUCCCGCACACACGUAACACGAUCGCCCCAAAUGACGCCUGUUCCCAGAUGAAAUGACGUUUCUGAAUGACCUGAACUAGCUAGAUCCUUAGGGAAAUGGUCAGAAUCUAUCUGGAUCCUAAAGGAAACUCUUCACCAUGUUCCGCGAAUCCCCCAAAUACUACGAAGGCAAAGCCAUCAGGAUCGUAGUGAAAUGAAUGGACUCAGCUCGGUCCAGACGUUCAGAAUGGUCGCCCUGAGGGACUUGACUCCCGCCAGGGUCGAGCACCAAACAGAAAAGGUUGAGGAAUGGACACCCAUGCUGUUUUGCCACUUGACUCUGACCAGGUUUGGUCCAUAUGAAUGCGAUGAAUUUGGAUGAAUUGAACCUACAGGAUGUAACGCAGCAAGAGACUUGCGUCACUUGCUUGCUUGCUUGCAAUUGAGAGAACUCAUUGAACUGCUGUUGAUAACGAGCUCAGUGGAGCAAACGUGUGUAAGUGUGUGCGAGUGUUCUCAAGUCCACUAACACUACGUUACGCCUUGAGACUCAAACUGGCUCUUAUAGUCAGAUAAGUGAUUGAAAUAAUGGGCCAAGAGGCAAAGCUGGUUGAGAAGUUGUCCAGUGCGCAGGACUGGCGCAUCUGGCAUCGUGGAGCCACGAGCGAGGUCUCUCGCCUCGGACUCCAGGAGUAUUGGGAUAAUCGUCUUGCUGGUAACCCUCCGGGGAUUCCGCAAGCGAACAAUACCGCCAGUAACGCGAUCCGGGAGAAGUGGCGCGACCUGAAGGAUGCCAUCUACAAGUCGUGCACCGGGUCCGUGUCCACGUGGGUCAACAGUCAGCACUACAUCAACGACGACGCUGCGCAGCUGUUCAUGCGUAUUCGUGAUGUUGGUCGCUUCAAUGUUGCCUCCCGUGACCAGCAGCACAUCAAGACCUCCUCGAUCGACGCCACGCAUUUCGACAACCGCGACGCGCCGAAGGAUGCUCCGACGUUCCUGGCCCAGAUCCACGAGCUGAUGGAGAUGGCGCCGAGUGUCUACGUCCCGGAGCCCGGGCGUCCGGUCGAAGAUCGUCAUGUCAAGAACAUUCUGGACAAGCUGCCCAAGAUGUUCGCGUCGGCCUUCCGCCAGACCAUCGACCGCUGCGUGGACGAGUCCGAUCGCAUCACCCUCCAGGAGAUCGGGAACCGUCUCGAGAAGAAGCUCGCGCAGUUGGUCAAGGAAGGUUCCUACAAGAUCGAGAGUCCGUCCUUCGGCAAGGCCUUUCCGGUCAUCGAGGAGAAGUCGAAGAAGAGAAAGGGAAAUAAACGUCAGAAAGACGAUGACGAUGAGGAGCCGGACUCCGCUGAUGAUGGUCAAAAUGCUGCUUCUGGCAAGGUGUUCUCGGCGAAAGCCUUGAAACGCAUGAAAGCCAAAUUACGCAAGCAGACCGAAGCGAGUGUCCUGGCUGCCCAUGGCCUGCCCCCGAAGUCUAACGCUAAGGGUGGAAGUGGCCAGAAAGGUGGUGGUAAGACUGGUCGGAACCAGAGCACUCCCUACAACACUGCGACCAAACCCAAAUGCUGGAUCUGUGGCAAGGAAAACCAUAAGGCUGACCGUUGCCGCUGGAAUCCUAACAAUCAAGGGAAAGGUCAGUGGGGUGGUGUCUGGGGAAACCAGCAGCCGCAGUGGUGUCCGCCGGUGAACCAGAACCAGACGAACAACCAGAAUCAAGGGCAGGGAGCCGGUGGAAACAAGGGUGGUUGGGUCUGGCAAGGGCCAGCCUGACUAGAUGAAGGAGGUGUUUAUAUCUCGGAGUAUGGUACUUGCAUGCUGAACUUCGAGAAUUUAGAAGAAUUUGACUCAAAUUAUUCUAGCUGUUUUAUUGCACAGACCAAGGACGAAGUGAGCUUGGUCGAUUCAUGUGCAAACAAGUAUUUAUCUAGACACAAAUCGGAUUUUAUUGACAUCUCGAGCAACGUCUGUCGCAUCAACGGCACGGCCGGGGCUCGUGAUGGUUUUGUAGGAAAAUUGAAGGAAAACGCUCUAGGUUUACCCUGCGGCGUCUACUUUAAACAUCUACCAAGAGAUAUUGAUCGUAUACUUCCGUGGCUCGGUGAGGACAAUCUCAGUGAUCGUGGGUGGGAUCUGAACUACAACAGCUCUGGCGGUUCUCUCGUCAACAGGGAAUCCGGUCAGAUGCUACCAAUCAAGAACCACGAGAGGUUGAGCCUCCCAGUCCUUGGGUGUGAUCUUUUCGUGAUGGGCCUCCGGGGUCAGGCGACUAGUGACACCGCGGAAGACAUUGCAUGCAUUACAAUCGAAGAAAGUAUUGCUAGUUGUCACCUUACGCGUUUAGAACAACAUAGAAGAUUCGGACACUUUCACGUAGAUGGUCUUAAUGUCCAGUGUCCCGAAUGCGACAAAGCGAAGGGCGCAAGAAGCUCUCACGCAAAAGAGCGCGACACUAGUAAUUACAAACCUGAACCAUUGAAACUACUUGCGAUGGACUUCGCGGUAGGUAUUAAACCUGUAUCGAUUCGGUCACGCACCUGCGUGCUUGUUGUCAUCUGUGAUGCCAUCAAGAAGUGUUUCUGUGUCCCUCUUAAGCUGAAAAGUGACUGCGUUGGGGUUUUGGAAGAAUUGAUCAAAGGCAUUCGCCAGAGCUACGCUCUGACCCUCGAGGACAAAGUGGUAUGGUUCGUCCGUAGGGACAAUGAGCCAGUUCUGGGCAGUGACUCCAUGACCAAGGUCAUGCAAUCGCUGCGGGUCGGUGAUGCUCCUACGGUUCCCUACAACCCAGAGCAGAACGGAACCUGCGAACGCUUUAUGCGGACCAUAUUCGGCGCUGUGCGUGCGAUGUUGGUGAACGUGGACAAGCGUCUGUGGUGCUACUCGGUCGAGUACGCUGCAGCAUGCUGGGACCGCCUUCCGCAUAAGUAUAGCAAAAUGCCUGAGUACGACGGAAAGACUCCUGCAGAAAUUCUGGAUGAGAGAACUGGAAGAAACAGUUCGAAAGUUGGCACAAGGAUGCUAAGGCGUUUUGGUUGUCUCGUUUAUUUUCGUGAACAAGUCAAGAAAGGCGAAGUUCAUGAAGCUCCUGAGGGGGGAGUAGAAGUGGUUGCUCCAAAGCUGUCCGCGCCAUUUCGUCGUGGGGUAUUUCUCGGCCUUUGUCCUAAGUCUUCGGGCUGGCGGGUUGGGACGUAUGUCACGGACGGCCGGUCCGCCGCGGGACAUCGUUGGAUGGAGUAUUCUACCAUCGACGUCAAGUUCCGUGAGGAGUACCUCGUGAAGAAUAUUGAAGACCUAGUUCCUAACUCCAAAGGUAUCUAUGUCGAGUGUGACGCAAUCGAGGCCCUACCUAGUGGAGCGCCGUGUGCGCCAUCUCUCCCGUGUGUCGGUCUGAUCAAAAGGGCUGAGCACCGGCUGGGGGUGGAUGUCUCGGAGCACACUGGUAGGCAGCCUGACGGUCCUGAAGAGACGUUGGUGGUUGAAAGUCUGGAUAGGGAAGAUGAUCCGGGCCAGAUAGAUCCCGAGCCUGAAGGUGUUAAACCUGAGGAGGGGAAUCUGGACGAUCACCCCACUCACAGCAGCUUAUCUAGUCCAAGAAAGGCGAGCCCGUCUCCGGCAAGGAUUGUGGCUGGCAACCGCAACUCCAAGCCGCGAGGUCGUGGUCGUCCCAAAGGGAGAAAGGACAAGACAAAGCGCGUGAGACGUACUAAGAAAGAGCUCGCAGAAUUGAGAAAGGACGCUAGUGCCUUUGCCGCAGCAAUAGCAGCACAGGAUGAUCGCGAGGAAGGUGAGGAAUUCCUCGACGUCCAGUGUUACUUGACUACAUCGGCCAAGUUGGAUCCUGCUCGUUGCAAAGACUCAGUCGAAUGGAACGCAGCAACCAACAAGGAAGAUUGUAGACUUGAAGCCUAUAAAGUGUGGGAGCCAGCUACUGACGAGGAGCUAGCGACCGCAAAGCAGGUUUUGCCUAUUGCUAUCCUUCUUACCGAGAAGCGUGACGGUACGAAGAAAGCGCGAGCAGUAGUACUCGGUAAUCUAGAUCGUUCGGGCGAGCUGGACACUUUCGCUCCUGUUGUGUCCCAUGCCGCUAACAGGUUACUUCUAGCCGCUGCAGCCGCAGACGGUGAUGAUGUGAUCCCGUUCGACCUUGAUAGUGCGUUUCUCAAUGCCUUACUUGAUCGCGACGUCUUCUGCCGCUUGCCACCCAUCUGGGCGAAGAAGCACGGCGUGGAGAUCGUCAAGCUCAAGAAAGCGCUUUACGGCUUGAAAGACGCCCCCAGGCUCUGGUAUAAGAAGUAUGAGGAAGUACUGACCAAGCUAGGUUGGGAACCCUGUCCCUCUGCGCCAGGUCUGUGGAAGAAACCGAGCUUGGAACACCCUGGGAAGUUUCUGAAGUUGGCAGUGUAUGUCGACGAUAAUCUUAUCACAGGUCCUCCGACUGGGUCCGAGUUGGCUGGAGAACUUGCGGAGAUCUUGCACCACGUCAAGGGGCGCAUGAUCGACGUCGAGCUUGUUCCGGAGUUUAACUCUGUGUCCAAGAAGUUUGACUUCCUAGGGUCAAUAGUGUACUACAACUGGAAUCUACGAACCGUUAGGAUCGUGAUGACAGAGUACAUAUCCAAGAUUUGUAAGAAAUUCCACGUCUCAGAAGCGGGCAAGCCGGUCCACUCGCCAAACUUCGAUGAGUCUGAACUCGCUAAAGAAGUUGAAGGAGCUAAAGUUAUUGAAGGUUUUCCCCUUCGAGAGGUCGUUGGCUCUCUGCAGUGGGCUGCAACCACUUGCAGGGUAGACAUUGUUGUCCCGGUUGCCACUGUCGCCAGAUACGUGGGCAAGCCGGCGACUCGGCCUGUCGUAAACGCCUGUAAGAAGAUUCUGAAGUAUCUAUUGACAACGAAGGAGCAGGGUCUGUCGUAUAGUCCGGAAAUUGAGGAAGAAUUCAACAGAAUCUACAGCAAGCUACUGCCCGACGGGAGAGACUUGCCUGAUGUGAAUCUGUUUUCGGAUGCUAGUUUUGCGAACUGUUGCAAGACCAUGCGAAGCACUAGUGGUAGCAUUAUGUACUUCCGCGGCUUCCCGAUCUGUUGGCGUAGCAACCGGCAGACCGUGAGGGCGUACUCCACGGCGGAGGCGGAGUAUAUAGCUGCUUCCGACACUAUUGUGCUGAGCGAGCAGAAUGACUUUACAGAGUUCUUCAAACCUCUACCCACUGUCAUGGUGGAAAAGCAGAAUGGCUUAUCUCCCUCCCUGGAUGAUGCCAUAUUGUGGAUCGACAACCAGUCCGCGAUAACUACAGCUAAGAGCACAGACAACAAACCGAAAUCGAGGCACUACGCACUGCGAUAUCUCCGCGUGAGAGACGCAGCGAGCCAGAUCAUGUUCUGCCCGACCUACCUAAUGAAGGCAGACGGUCUCACGAAGCUCGAGUGUAGUGUGCCGCAGAGACGCUUACUCUUGCACCAUAUUGAUAACCCCGACCCUAAGUCUUUUAUUUGUGACUCCUCUGACGAUGAGGAUGAUUUAGACACGUUUAUAGAGGGGAAUCACAAGGGCAAGGCUAAAGUAGGCUAUACUUAUUCGAUUUAUUUUGGUUUCUAGAGGGGAUAGCUAGUUCACCACAGCGCGCUCAGGAGGGGAGUGUGGUAGGACGCUAUCCAGAUUAGCACCACCGCCGCAGCGAUUGAGGAGGGGUGUUGGUCAUGGAAAUCGAUCCCGCACACACGUAACACGAUCGCCCCAAAUGACGCCUGUUCCCAAUGAAAUGACAGCUCUGAAUGACCUGAACUAGCUAGAUCCUUAGGGAAAUGGUCAGAAUCUAUCUAGAUCCUAAAGGAAACUCUUCACCAUGUUCCGCGAAUCCCCCAAAUACUACGAAGGCAAAGCCAUCAGGAUCGUAGUGAAAUGAAUGGACUCAGCUCGGUCCAGACGUUCAGAAUGGUCGCCCUGGGGGACUUGACUCCCGCCAGGGUCGAGCACCAAUCUGAGCAGGUUGAGGAGUGGACUCCCAUGCUGUUUUGCCACUUGACUCUGACCAGGUUUGGUCCAUAUGAAUGCGAUGAAUUUGGAUGAAUUGAACCUACAGGAUGUAACGCAGCGAGAGACUUGCGUCACUUGCUUGCUUGCUUGCAAUUGAGAGAACUCAUUGAACUGCUGUUGAUAACGAGCUCAGUGGAGCAAACGUGUGGAAGUGUGUGCGAGUGUUCUCAAGUCCACUAACAGUAAAUGAAUUGCAAUUAUAAGUCUACAAAAUAUUGAUCUUUGCCUUGCAUGCUUCUAGCGAUGCUGAUCCAAAAGCGAUAGCUGUGUUGCUAGUGAAAAUUACUUUUGGAAGUGUGUUCUUCAUUUCGUCGUCCUGUAUCUUCAUGAGAGAAAUAACCGAGAGAAAUUGGUAGCUGUAGCUACCUGCGUUGCUGCCGCGCCCAUCUUUUCUCCCGCUCGAGCAAGUUACACAUGGCUGGAGCCGCAGAUCAUGAUCGGGCUGUGCACCGUAGGCAAACGGUGUGCAGGUUUAGGCCGGUGCUUAAGGCGAUAGUGAAGACGUUCACAACUACCAGCAGACCACCAGAAAAUGUACAAACGAACACUCGCUUGCUCUCUUCUUCUACGCCCUCUUUAGGUUCCCCAUGCUCCUCCUUCCUCUCUUGAAAAAUGGAAAUAUCAGCGAUCUAGGUGUGCUUUCUUUAGCUUUAUUUUAUAUUUAUAUUUAGGUUGUUUUUUUACAGCCCCCCCGGACGCCAUCACACUGAAGGAAAGCAUG